AUGGAGCGGUACACCGAGAAGGAUUGGAAUCCCACAACUUGGGAGAAGGGUGCGAGUGCCACGGGUCAGCAUAUGGCAGUGACGAGUUACUGUGCCGGCAAGACUAUUGCUGAGAAGCUUGCUUGGGACUUCAUGAAGGAGCAGAAGCCCGCAUUCGAUCUAGUUGUUCUAUGCCCAGGAACCGUUUAUGGAAAACCAAUGCAAGUCUUAAACAGCCUGGAGGAUCUUGAUGCUGCAAGUGCCAGGUUGUGGAGUCAUAUCACCCAUGCAAAAGACAUCAUCCCGGGCGAUCCAAGUCCGGUAUUUUCCAACAUGCUGGACGUUGCUGAAGCACACCUGAAGGCGUUGACAUGGCCCAAGUGUGGCGGUGAGCGAUAUAUGAUUAGAAAUGCUUCAAACACCCUGGCCGUGUCCAAAACAAUCUGA